GAUGAUGGAGCGUGGUUGAGGAUGGAGAAGAAGUUGAUUUUUGAUGUCGGGUUUUCUUUAAAGUUGAUUUCGUUUAAUCUGCGAAUUGGAUUUUAAGGUUUAGGAAACGCUGUUGCUUCGUUUUAUUUUUUCUGUGGGUGGUUUUUGAUUUGAAGUUAACAGAGGUUCGGGGUUCCUGUGAAAUUUUCUUUUUUAAUAGGAUUAGGAUUCUUGGGAGGUUAAUUAGAAAAGUAAAAAUCCAAUAUGGAUCCCCAGUUUAAUGAAUACUUAAAUUCCAUGGAGGGUUUCACAUUUGAAAAUGAAUCUAUUUUCCCCAAUUCAGACCAGAGCCAAAAUUUAGGAAAUGGAUUCAAACUGAACAACCCUACCUUAGAUUUACAGUCUAUAGGUCUUCCACCUGAUCCAAGCUUUCCAAAUUCUGAUUCUGCCUGGAGCAGAAUUAUUGACGGUGAUUCUUCUUCUCCCUCUGAUGACAAUGACUUCUCGGACACUGUUCUUAAGUACAUAAGCCAGGUGCUUAUGGAGGAGGACAUGGAUGAGAAGCCCUGUAUGUUUCAUGAUGCUUUGGCUCUUCAAGCAGCUGAGAAAUCAUUAUAUGAAGUUAUUGGUGAGAAGUACCCACCUUCGCCCGAUCAACCCCCUAUUUACAGCAAUAAAACUGUUGAUAGCCCAGAUGACUGUUGUUCCAGUGGUUUCAGUGAUUCUAGUACCAAUAGUCAUUCUAGUCCUAGUACUAGCACUUCCUUUGAUUCCCACUCAAGUGGUAAUCUUGUCGAGCAUCAGCUCUCCUGGUUACAAACUCCAGUUCCUACUAACUUUGUUUUUCAGUCUACUUCAAACUCUGGUAAAAAAUCAUCAUUCAACUCUGCUGAUAAUGUUUUUUAUCAUGGUAAUGGAUUGGUGAGGUCAUCUAUGAGUGAGCUUUUGGAUAAAAAUUUGUUUAAUGAGAGUGAUUCAAUGUUGCAGUUCCAAAGGGGGGUAGAGGAAGCUAGUAAGUUCCUUCCUAAAGGUAAUCAGUUGAUUAUUGACUUGGAGAGCUACAAACCAUCAGCAGAGUCGAAGGACAAGGCUCCAAAUGUGGUAGUAAAGACAGAGAAACACGACACGGAGCUGUCACCUAAUCAGUUGAUAGGAAAGAAGAGUCAUGAGCGAGAAGAUGAAGAUCUUGAAGAUGGGCGGAGUAACAAACAGUCAGCUGUUUAUGGAGACGAGAGUGAGCUAUCGGAGAUGUUUGAUAAGGUGUUGCUUUAUGGUGGUGGAAAUGAGCAGCCUGGAGCGUGCAUACUAGAUUACUCCCGGGAGCAAGGAGCUCUGACGACUCUGGUGCAGAAUGAAUCAAGCAAGCCAUUGCAGAAGAAUGGACUGACAAAUGGAUCUGGUGGUGGAAAAUCUCGUGGUAAGAAAUUGGGAAAGAAGAAGGAGGUUGUGGAUUUGAGGACUCUGCUGAUUUUGUGUGCCCAAGCUGUCUCUGCUAAUGAUAGCAGGACUGCGAAUGAACUACUAAAACAGAUUAGGCAGCACUCGUCGUCUUUUGGUGAUGGAUCCCAGAGGCUAGCUCACUAUUUUGCAAAUAGUCUCGAGGCACGGUUAGCUGGCACUGGAACUCAGAUUUACACCGCUCUUUCUUCCAAAAGAAAUUCGUCUGCUGUUAUGUUGAAAGCUUACCAGACAUAUAUAUCAAUCUGUCCAUUCAUGAAGAUUGCAAUUAUAUUUGCAAACCAUACUAUUUUGUCCGCAGCUGAGAAAGCAACAGCUCUUCAUAUCAUUGACUUUGGAAUCUCGUAUGGUUUUCAGUGGCCUGCCCUCAUCCAUCGCCUCUCAAUGAGGCCCGGGGGACCUCCCAAACUACGGAUAACGGGGAUAGAGCUUCCACAAAGUGGUUUCAGGCCAGCAAAAGGAGUACAGGAGACAGGGCGUCACUUAGAAAAGUAUUGUGAGCGUUUUAAUGUUCCAUUCGAAUACACUGCCAUUGGACAAAAAUGGGAAACCAUCAAAAUCAAUGACCUGAAGCUUAAUCCUGAUGAGUUUGUUGCUGUAAAUUGUUUGUUCCGGUUCAGGAACUUACUUGAUGAGACAGUGGUGUUGGAUAGUCCAAGGAAUGCUGUUCUAAACUUAAUUAGGAAGAUAAGUCCAAACAUUUUUAUCCAAGCCAUUGUUAAUGGAUCCUAUAAUACCCCCUUCUUUGUUACACGUUUCAAGGAAGCACUCUUUCACUACUCUGCACUCUUUGAUAUGUGUGAUACUAAUAUGCCUCGUGAAGAUGAGAUGAGGUUGAUGUUUGAGAAAGAGUUCUACGGGCGGGAGAUUAUGAGUGUACUGGCAUGCGAAGGAACUGGGAGGGUUGAGAGACCCGAGACAUAUAAGCAGUGGCAGGUUCGGAACUCAAGGGCUGGAUUUAGACAGCUGCCUUUGGACCCUGAACUGAUUAGGAAAUUUAAAUGCAAGGUGAAAGACAGUUUCCACAAUGAUUUUAUGGUGGAUGAAGAUAGUGGAUGGAUGCUGCAGGGUUGGAAGGGAAGGAUUGUCUAUGCUUCCUCCGCUUGGGUACCUGCAUAACAUCAGAACUCUAAAAUCAACAAGGGCAUCAUUUGUUUUAAAAGGAGAGGGGAAUAAAAAAUGGGAUUUUGUUUCUUGAAAGACAUUUGUAGAAUGCAGCAUCAUCUUGGGUUGACACAGGUGAAGCGUCAAUGAUGCAGAUGCAAAAACAUUUAGCCAAACACACCCUUAGCCACAUAUGAACUUCUUGGGUGGGGGAUAUUUGUUUUUCGCAAUCAAACCAAGAGAGCCGGCAGGAACUUGAAAGCUGUUCGGAUCUGCAACUUCUCCGGAGACUUUUUAAUUGCUGCAACCCAACUCGAUUUCAAUAGGCAUAUCUUCCACAUCAUCUGGGUUCUCCAACAUGCUUUCGUUGCCUGAUUACAACACUAUUAUCCGAUGUAACUUUAUGAUCAAAGAAAAUUACUUCUUCAUUUGUAUACGAUGGGAUAUUACAUUUGUCUCCUCCUCCAGUUCUUGUUGAUCUGUGACACCUUAAUGUAGCUAGAUUUUGUUAUUUCAGAAGUUGAUUUCAACCGAAGAACAGCAGAAAAGCAUUUGGCAAUCUCAUUAUCAGUUUACAUCGUUAUGAUUGUAUUCUUUUUACCGAUGCAUUCAAUAAACAUAUGAAUUUAUAUUACUGUUA